AUGGAUUCUCUGAUUCUCCUCGUAUCAAACCUUCACUGCCCUUCGUGUGUCUCCCAUGUUCAAGACGUUCUGUCUCACUUGCCCGGAAUUGAAUCGGCCAGCGAAGUUUCCCUGAUCACGCAAACCAUACGAGUCGUGCACGACAAUACGGUCAUCAGUCCUCACGAGAUCAUUGAGGCUUUAGUCAAAUCUGCUCUCGAGAUAAAACACGUCGUACACUUGAACAGCCAGGGGCAUCAAGUUGCUGAUUACGAUGUUUCGGACGCCAAUACCCUUACCACAGGCGGAGAACGACCCCAGAAGAGUCACAUAGACAGCUGUGAAGCCUGCCAGAAAGUAUGGCAGGGCAAAGAUUUCUCUGUAAACGCUACUAGCUCCACCGCCACUGUCACCAAAGUCGACGUCAACCCGAACAUUAUCAACAUACAGGACCCAUCCCAGGAUGAUAGAUAUAACGCAUCUAUCUCUAUCGAAGGAAUGAGUUGUGGAAGCUGCACAGGCAAGGUUAUGAGGUCAUUGGAUAGGCUUCCUUUCGUCUCGAAAGCGAGCGUCGACUUACUAUCCCACAUGGGCGUCGUCGAGUACUUCGAACGCCAAAAUCUGGAUAUAAUACUGCAUCAAAUCGAAGCCCUGGGAUACAAAGCAACACCUAUACAGGUGAUCGAGCCGAAGCCAAAGCCCAAACGGGAUGUUACCUAUGUGGCGUCACUUUCUAUCGAGGGAAUGAGUUGCGGAAGCUGUACAGGCAAGAUCAGAAAGGGGCUGGAAGACCUGAAUUUUGUCACCGAGAUCGAGGUCGACCUUUUGAACAACAGUGGGUCAGUGUCGUUCACAGGAGACGAGAGCAACGUUAGCAAAGUACUGCAGAAAGUCAGCGACAUCGGCUACAAAGCAACGCUAGUCGAAUUAACCCGACCCGCGGCCCUGGUUGCACCGGAAGAGAGGGUGAUUGACUUUUCGAUUCAGGGAAUGCACUGCGAACAGUGUCCCGAGCGGAUCGUAGAUGCUUUGAAUGAGUCGUACCGCGGCAAGGACCUUCCCCGUUUCAGAAUCACGAGGAACCCAACAAUGAAGGAACCGCAUUUGCAGAUAACGUACACGCCAUCGUUGCCAGAAGGCCUGUCACUCCGCCGAUUCAUCUCCAUUGUCGAAGCCAUCGACCAAGCAUUCUCAGUCCAUGUCAAACAUCCACCCACCAUCGAAGAAAGAUCGCGACGGAUUCAGCGCCAGGAACUGCAGGCUAUAGUAGUGCGCAUGAUUUUCGUGGGUAUUGUCACCAUACCUUCGCUGAUCCUGGGCGUUGUCUACAUGUCCUUGGUUCCGAAACAUAACCCCACUAGGAUGUGGUUUGAGGAGCCUAUCUGGGUGGGUAGUGCAAUGCGGAUAGAUUGGGCGUUGUUCAUCAUGACUACGCCUGUCAUGUUUUUCGGGACGGAUAUAUUCCAUCGACGAGCGUUCAAAGAGAUUUGGGCUAUGUGGAAACCUGGAAGCACCGUUCCGCUCCUUCGCCGAUUCUACCGCUUCGGGAGCAUGAACCUGCUUAUUAGUGUCGGCACGAGCGUCGCCUACGUCUCUUCGCUUGCAGUUCUUGCCAUGAAUGCUGCACGUAAAAGUAGAGAGGAUGGCUCCAUGAGAAUGUCUUCCUCUUACUUUGAUGUCGUCACAUUCUUGACAUUCUUUAUACUGAUUGGCCGAUUCCUGGAAGCUUAUAGCAAGGCAAAAACUGGGGAUACAGUUGCAAGGCUCGCUAAGCUCCGACCGAACGAGGCGCUCCUCGUUGAGGAAGAUCAAUCCAUCACCAAAAUUCCCGUUGAUCAGCUAGAGCUCGGUGACGUUGUUCAGGUUCCUCAAGGUCAUUCGCCACCAGCAGAUGGCCUGGUCAAGCAAGAAGGUUCCUUCUCCUUCGACGAAAGCUCACUUACAGGCGAGUCGAAACCAGUGCGAAAGGCCAAAGGGGACGUUGUUUUCACAGGUACCGUCAACGUAGCCGACCCAGUCGAGAUCGUAGUUACCGGCCUCGGUGGCACUUCAAUGCUUGACCAGAUUAUUGAGGCCGUUAGAAGAGGUCAGGCUAAGCGUGCUCCUAUCGAACGAAUCGCGGACGUUCUUACUGGUUACUUUGUACCUGUUGUCACAUUGCUUGCAAUCGUGACGUGGGUUACUUGGCUGGGCCUUGGUGUCUCUGGUCGGUUGCCUGACGCCUGGCUCGAUGUGCCGGAAGGUGGUUGGCCAUUCUGGUCUCUGGAAUUCGCAAUCGCCGUGUUUGUAGUGGCAUGCCCAUGUGGUAUUGGCCUCGCUGCCCCUACAGCCUUGUUUGUCGGCGGCGGACUUGCUGCGAAGAAAGGAGUCUUGGUUCAGGGGGGAGGGCAGGCGUUUCAAGAAGCAUCAAACUUGGAUGUCAUCGUCUUCGACAAAACCGGAACACUUACUCAAGGCCAGAUGAAAGUAACCGACUUCGAUCAGCUCCAAGAAGAUAUUCCCCAAGACCGACUCUUCCUUAUGGCGAUGGCUAUGGAGGGCUUGUCAAGUCAUCCAAUUGCACAGGCUAUUGUUACGUAUUGUGGUUCAAAAUUGAAUCAAAUGGCGAUGACAGACGUUCAAGAGCUACCAGGUUAUGGUAUGACAGGAAAAUUCACGUUUAGCGAGAACUCCAAGGAACGUAUCGUUGAGGCUGCUAUUGGAAAUGCUCAGCUACUCGAUUUCCUAAACAAGAAAGACGAGCCCACCGCGAAGGAAGACGAAAACAUACUAUCUUCACAUACUAGGCUGCAAGAAGCUCUCCGUCAUCACCAAAGCCAAGGUCACUCUACUGCCAUUAUUGCCGUUCGUCGUUCGUCGUUCUACGAGGCUGCCGGAAUCUUCGCUCUCUCUGAUCCCAUUCGUCCAGAAGCACCCAAAGUCAUUGCAGCCUUGCGCAACUUGGGCCUCUCCGUUCACCUCUGUACUGGAGACAACGAUGUUACAGCCCAUGCUAUCGCCGCACAACUUGAUAUCCCCGUCGAGAAUGUGCGUGCCGGGGUGCUACCGCAGGGCAAAUCCGAAUACAUCAACCAACUUCAACAUCCUGCAGGAGGCCGUAGAAGGCUGGUAGCCUUUACUGGAGAUGGUCUCAACGAUACCCCUGCUCUGACGGCUGCAGAUGUCUCCAUUUCGAUGUCAUCAGGCAGUGACAUCGCAAUGAACGCAUCAUCCUUCAUCCUUGUCAACUCACACCUUGAAGCCAUCUAUGACCUGUUAACGGUUUCCAGGCGUGUAUUCUUCAGGGUUAAGUUGAACUUUUUCUGGGCUGCUAUUUACAAUAUCACGUUGAUUCCGGUGGCGGCUGGCGUACUAUACAUGAUUGGAGCGUCGGACACCCACCCUGGAUGGCGCAUGAGUCCAGUAUGGGCUUCGGUGGCGAUGGCAGGUAGUAGCGUCAGCGUAAUCCUCAGCAGUCUGGCGCUCAAGCUUCCGGAACUUCGAUGGCCGUCUAGAAAAAAGAGCUAG